GGCCAGGGAUGAAGCCGGGUCCCGGGACGUGCAAGCGGCGGGCCCCUCUGAAGCGGUCCCGGAUCCUGCACAUGGCACUGAUGGGGGCCUCCGACCCCUCAGGAGAGGCAGAGGCCAGCAAGGAGAAGCCCUUCCUGCUGCGGGCUUUGCAGAUCACACUGGUGGUGUCACUCUACUGGGCCACCUCCAUCUCCAUGGUGUUCCUUAACAAGUACCUGCUGGACAGCCCCUCCCUACAGCUGGACACCCCCAUCUUCGUCACCUUCUACCAGUGCCUGGUGACCACCCUGCUGUGCAAGAGCCUCAGCACCCUGGCCGCCCUCUGCCCUGGCGCCAUGGACUUUCCCUCCCUGCGCCUGGACCUUAGGGUGGCCCGCAGCGUCCUGCCCCUGUCCGUGGUCUUCAUCGGCAUGAUCACCUUCAACAACCUCUGCCUCAAGUAUGUCGGGGUGGCCUUCUACAAUGUGGGCCGCUCACUCACCACCGUCUUCAAUGUGCUGCUUUCCUACUUGCUGCUCAAGCAAACCACCUCCUUCUAUGCCUUGCUCACCUGCGGCAUCAUCAUCGGUGGCUUCUGGCUUGGCGUGGACCAGGAGGGGGCAGAGGGUACCCUGUCUUGGACGGGCACCCUCUUUGGCGUGCUGGCCAGCCUCUGUGUCUCACUCAAUGCCAUCUACACCAAGAAGGUGCUCCCGGCAGUGGACGGCAGCAUCUGGCGCCUGACCUUCUACAACAACGUCAACGCCUGUGCUCUCUUCCUGCCCCUGCUCCUGCUGCUGGGGGAGCUGCAGGCCCUCUGGGGCUUUGCCCAGCUGGGCAGCGCCCACUUCUGGGGCAUGAUGACGCUGGGCGGCCUGUUCGGCUUUGCCAUCGGCUACGUGACCGGUCUACAGAUCAAGUUCACCAGCCCCCUGACCCAUAACGUGUCCGGCACAGCCAAAGCCUGUGCCCAGACGGUGUUGGCAGUGCUCUACUACGAGGAGACCAAGAGCUUCCUCUGGUGGACAAGCAACAUGAUGGUGCUAGGGGGCUCCUCUGCCUAUACCUGGGUCCGGGGCUGGGAGAUGAAGAAGAUUCAGGAGGAGCCCAGCCCCAAGGAGGAUGAGAAGAGCAGCAUGGGGGUGUGAGCUCCUCUGGGGACCUGGGGAUGCCCCAGUCAGGGAGAACACCUGGGGUGGGGCCAGAAUGGCCGUGAAGACAUCUCUCUCGACCCUGAGAAGGUGAUCUGGAGGGGGCAUUGUUUACAAACCUGAUCACAAUCUGGUGGUUAAAAAGGAGCCAGUGUUGUCAAGGGAUGUCAGAAAGUUGCCAAACCUAUCUCAA